AUAAAUGGUCCCACCCCUGGGCAAGGUGGCUCACUCUGGCAGGUAGGAACGGGGAGUGUGCACCUGCUACCAGUCAAGCUCAGCCCGACUGUGAGAAGAGGCAAGGCGGAGCAAGCCGAGGGACUGAAUGAACCAUGGACAAAUUGAAGUGCCCCAGCUUCUUCAAGUGCAGGGGGAAGGAGAAGGUGACGGCUUCAUCUGAGAAUUUCCAUGUUGGUGAAAAUGAUGAGAAUCAGGACCGUGGGAACUGGUCCAAAAAAUCGGAUUAUCUUCUAUCUAUGGUUGGAUAUGCAGUGGGAUUGGGAAAUGUGUGGAGAUUCCCAUACCUAACCUACAACAAUGGUGGAGGUGCCUUCUUGAUACCUUAUGCAAUUAUGCUGGCAUUGGCUGGUUUACCUUUGUUCUUCCUAGAGUGUUCAUUGGGACAAUUUGCUAGUUUAGGUCCAGUUUCAGUUUGGAGGAUUUUGCCAUUGUUUCAAGGUGUGGGAAUUACAAUGGUCCUGAUAUCUAUUUUUGUGACAAUCUAUUACAAUGUCAUAAUUGGUUAUAGUCUUUACUACAUGUUUGCUUCUUUUCAAAGUGAACUACCAUGGAAAAAUUGUUCUUCUUGGUCAGACAGUAACUGUAGCAGGACACCUAUAGUAACUCACUGUAAUGUGAGUAUACAUGGUACAGAGAUGCAAGUGAAUAUGAGCUGGGUACACGCCAACAAUUUUACCUGCAUCAAUGGCAGUGAAGUUUAUCAGCCAGGGCAGCUUCCCAGUGAACAAUACUGGAAUAAAGUGGCACUUCAACGGUCCAAUGGAUUGGAUGAAACUGGAGAAAUUGUGUGGUAUUUAGCACUUUGCCUUCUUCUAGCUUGGAUCAUAGUUGGAGCAGCAUUAUUUAAAGGAAUCAAGUCUUCUGGCAAGGUGGUAUAUUUUACAGCUCUUUUUCCCUAUGUGGUCUUACUCAUUCUGUUAAUACGAGGUGCAACUCUAGAGGGUGCAUCAAAAGGCAUUUCAUACUAUAUUGGAGCACAAUCAAAUUUUACAAAACUCAGUGAAGCAGAGGUUUGGAAAGAUGCUGCCACCCAGAUAUUUUACUCCCUUUCAGUGGCUUGGGGUGGCUUAGUUGCUCUGUCAUCUUACAAUAAGUUCAAUAACAACUGCUUUUCUGAUGCCAUUGUAGUUUGUUUGACAAAUUGCCUCACUAGUGUGUUUGCUGGAUUUGCUAUUUUUUCUAUAUUGGGACACAUGGCUCAUAUAUCUGGACAGGAAGUCUCUCAAGUUGUAAAAUCAGGUUUUGAUCUAGCGUUCAUUGCCUAUCCAGAAGCUCUAGCCCAACUCCCAGGUGGUCCAUUUUGGUCCAUAUUAUUUUUCUUCAUGCUUUUAACUUUGGGUCUCGAUUCUCAGUUUGCUUCCAUUGAAACAAUUACAACAACAAUUCAAGAUUUAUUUCCCAAAGUAAUGAAGAAAAUGAGGAUUCCUAUAACUUUGGGUUGCUGCUUGGUUUUGUUUCUCCUUGGUCUCGUCUGUGUGACUCAGGCUGGAAUUUAUUGGGUUAAUCUGAUUGAUCACUUCUGUGCCGGAUGGGGCAUUUUGAUUGCAGCUAUAUUGGAAAUAAUAGGAAUCAUCUGGAUUUAUGGAGGAAACAGAUUCAUUGAAGAUAUAGAAAUGAUGAUUGGAGCAAAGAGGUGGAUAUUCUGGCUAUGGUGGAGAGCUUGCUGGUUUGUAAUUACACCUGUCUUGUUGAUUGCAAUUUUAAUAUGGUCACUGGUGAAAUUUCAGAGACCCACAUAUGGUGAAAUUUCAUACCCUGACUGGGGAGUUGCUCUGGGCUGGUGUAUGAUUAUUUUCUGCAUUAUUUGGAUUCCAAUUGUUGCUAUCAUAAAAAUAGUUCAGGCUGAAGGAAACAUCUUUCAACGCAUUGUAAGCUGCUGCAAAUCAGCUCCUAACUGGGGUCCAUACCUGGAACAACAUCGUGGGGAGAGAUAUAAAAACAUGGUAGAGCCUAAGAAAGAGAUUGACCAUGAAAUACCUACUAUUAGUGACAGCAGAAAACCAGAAUGAGACCUCAUUUUUAAAAAUGGUUGUUGUAUAAUGUGAUUUUAGAGUAGGGGUAAUUUUUAUUUAUUUGUAUG